AUGAGACGGGACAUCCGGGCUACGUGGCAUCAGCAGCAGGAGAGCAAGGUCAGACUCACAGGUGGUCAAAUCGCCAACAAUAACCGGCUACCUAAGCUGACAGCAGCAUUGAAAAUUACUAAUUGCCUAAAAAUUAUACUGCAGUGGAUAGCUUCACACUGUGGUAUUGAAGGCAAUGACCAGGCUGACAGAAUGGCAAAAUUAGGAGCUGAAGCAAGGCAGGACGAAAACAAGAAAGGGAAAAUGGGCAAACGUAAAGAAACACAAGCUACAAACGAGGAUGACCCAACCACAGAUCCACUGCACAGAAAGCACAAGAAGCAUAAAAAGAAGCACAAACAUCGGCGAUCAGAACUAGAGGAACCAGGUGCAGGUUCUCCAGAAGUGACUUCUCCUAAAACCUCUAUCAAACUCAGACUGAAAAUUGGUGGAGAGACGCUUGGAACCAAAAACGUUACUUCAAUUGAUCCAGCAUCCAGAUCUAGUUAUGAAGACACACAGGAUGAUGCUAUCAUCAAUGUCACAGAUGACCAGUGGGAUUCUUCUUCUGGGUUUGGUGGCCAAGGAGAAGGAUCAGGAAGCCAGAAAAAAUUUGAAGGCAGUUCUGAUGAAGAACAGGCAUGGCUGGAUGCACUGGAAGCAGGAGAGCUAGACGACUAUGGGGAGAUUCCCAAGACACGUGAUCCAAGCCUUCUUACAGUGCGACAGAGGGCACUUUUGCAUGGCCAUCAGGUGGAGCUGCAGCAACUUCCAUCAGGUUACAAGACAGUAGAGCUGACAGAAGAACAGUUACAGCGACGGCAACAACGUGCAAAGAAACGACGUCAGCAAGCUCAUGAGAAGAGGGAAAAAGACAAAAAACAAACAUUGGAAAGACUGCUGAAAAAACAAGAAACAAAGAGUAAAGGACCCAAGGGUCGGGGGUCAAAACGAACCAAUAUCCCACGCGUGCGAUAUCUGAACAACAUGGAUGGAAUUUCUGUAUCGAUUCCACAAGGAUAUCCCUUUCCAUUUCCAGCCAAAGUAGCAGCGUUACCUAAACCACCAGUUUUGUGUGGAGUGGAGGGUUGCACGAACGUCAAAUUGUACACCUGCUCCAAGACCAAAGUGCCACUUUGUAGUUUAAAAUGCUACCAAAAAAAUCUGACAAAGGCAGAGGCAGCAGGACAAAAUGUUCACAACGCAGAAUUUCCUCUUGCAGCCACAUAAUCUAGCAACUAUGUUGUGAGAAACAAAUGUGUGACAUAGCAUGACCAAAUUUUUGGUUUGGGGAAGAUACAGUUCUGGCAGCUGAUGAAUACAUGGAUGGUAUGGAUGUGAAAGAUGUCUUGACUGAAAUUUAUCAUAUACCAGGAGUGUUCAGACACUUGCUCUGAUAUUCAAAUUAAAGUAAUCAGUAAGUGAGAUAAGAGCUGGAAAUAUGCUGUUAUUAAAAACAGCUGGAUGUAGCUCAUGCUUAUUGAUUUAAACAAAAUAUUUAAUGUAUCCCAGCUUUUAAUAGUAGUGAUGACAGUCUGCUCUUGAUUGCUAUUAAUUUUGCCUUUGGGAUGCCUCAUUGCAAAAGAUCAGUAAAAGAAGAUAAAGUUCACUGAGUGAUGAUAAUACAGACUGAAAGAUUUCACAAAAGACUGUUGAAAAUUUUAUCUUGUGAUCUUAAAGAGUAAUAAGUGAUGGCCUAUGCUUGUUGUGAUGUUUGUGAGCAGACUGAUUUCCCAAUAAAUGUCAAAGUGCAUUUUUAA